AUGUUGAAGGUAUACAGGAGGUUAAGUUAUUGGCGUUUGCAUAUAGGACGCACCAGGUUUUACCAUGCCAGUAGUAGAGCCUCGCCGCUGGGGGUUGAUAGCUCCAUUGAGAACAACUUGAAGACUGAGACGAAUAAGUUGAGCAAGACAGGACAGAAAUUCUGGGACCAGGUUGGGUUAGAUUUUGGCGGCGAUAAGAUCACUGUUCAAUUAGAUUCUAAGCCGUUGAGGACUCCGCUGGGAAAUAACUUGGCCAUUGACCAUGAUCGGAAAGUUCUAGGGCUGAUGUUAAAGAAAGAAUGGAGUAACUUGCAAGAAGUGGCCAGUAAGAAAUUCUCCUUACCACUUACAUCGCUUGUCUCAAGAUGCAUUGACUUGGAGACCACCAGUAAUGCGGAUUGUGACCCCGAAGCUGUCGCAAAGAUCGGCGGUGACACCACUGUUAUAAAGAAUCAACUACUUAGAUACAUGGACACUGAUACAUUACUUGUGUUUUCACCGGCUAAGGAAUUUGAAGGUGCCUUGAGGGAGGAGCAGGACAAGUUGUACUUGCCCAUCAUCAAGAAGAUAGAGGAGUUUUUGGGGCAAUACUCAUCUUCAGAUAAACAAUUGACACUUCAAAUCUUGGAUGCGGAUGUUCAUGGUUUACGUGGGAAUGUGCAAUCUCAAGAGGUUAAGGAUGCAGCAAUGAACUACAUGGACUCACUAUCCCCUUGGGACCUUGCAGUGUUUGAGAAGACUGUAUUGACAACGAAAUCUUUCAUAUGUGGUAUCUUAUUAAUGGAAAGCAUGACUAAGAAAUCCACUCAUAAAGAAUUGGUCAAAUCCCUUGAUGAAAUUAUACGCUUAGCUACGUUGGAGACAAUAUUCCAAGUUGAAAGAUGGGGUGAGGUGGAAGACACACAUGAUGUGGACAAGAGAGACAUCCAUAGAAAGAUCUCAUCUGCCGCUAUAGUUGCAUUCAAGAAUUGA